GUUUUUUUUUUUCGUUGGGAUCCCUUGGAGUCGUCGUUUAAGGAACAACUCUCGAGUAUUCGAGAAAGAGGACGAAACCGAAGAGAAGCUCUUCACACGUAGAAUCCAUGGCGAACGACAAAGCGGUUAUGGCUGUGAUCAGAGCUGCGAGACCGAGCUUCAGAAACAACCACGACAAGGUCUCUUUCGCCGUCCACUCCUCCUUCCUCGCCGCCGGUUACGUCCUUAUCGCCACCGGACGGCCUGCUUUCGCCGGCGACGCUCUCUAUUCCACUUCUCUUGACGAGGUUGGAAUUGAUGGGUGGAACGAGUUUGAUGGUGAGUACGCGUUUGUGUAUACGUAUCCGGACAAGGGCUCGGUGAAAGUUAUCGUGAAGUGCUUAGCAAUGGGUGAUAAGCUUUUGGUCGAUGCCAUAGCUGAUGGCGGAAAUGUUCCAGCACAUCUCGCGAUAGAUGUUGGGGAUUAUGUCGGAGAGAACGGAGAUGGGAAUUAUUCUGCACAGUUCAAGAAUUUGGAGAAGUUGGUGGGUGAUUUGCAGAAGGAGGUUCUGAAUAAGCUUCAUCCAGAAGCAAAGCCCAGUUCUUCGGAUAGUCGUUCCUUCAGUUUGGAGAGAAAUGAAGAGCGUAGAGGCAUAAGAGAGCCCGGAAGUGGAAUUCCCGAUCCAUACGGCCCUCAAAUUGACCCAUCAGGGGCCAUAAUCCCUCCUAUACCGAGCGGGGGAGGUUUUAGCGAUCUGUUCCCGGGCCCUGGUGCUGGAGCAUACCCUCACAGGGGUGGAUUUGGUGAUGGAAGCAUGCUCGUAGGACCUGGAGAUCCUCGUUUUUUCGGUCCAUUCGGUGAUCGACCCGACUUCCCGGGAGCACAACCGGGAAUUCCUCCCGGUGCUCGGUUUGAUCCUUAUGGACCACCAGGUGUUCCGGGUUUUGAGCCAGGCCGCUUCAUUCGGCAACCUCCGCGAAGGGGGCCGGGGAACGGGACACAUCCGGAUCUAGAGCAUUUCCCUGGUGGAUCAGACUUUAUAUAAGGGGGACUCUGUGUCCGGAGAAAGCAGAAGAGAGUGCAUACACAGUACACUGGUUCCAUCUCUGCAUCUCCAAGUCUAGUAUAGUACAUAUAUGUACGGACUGGCCAAGGAGCCGUUUGCUUUUGUUUUGUUUGCACUGUUUGUUUUUUUUUUUUUUGGUUGUUGGAAUGGAAUGUUUAUGUUCAUGGUUUCAUGGCA